CUGAGAUCGUCAAUUGACGGCAGUCUGUCGAACUGAAGCACUUCAGCAGAAAAGCACGACUGAACGAGACGUGCGCAGCCGUUACCUUCCCACACAGCGCCAGCUGCGCCUCCGGCAUCCGCGGCUCCGCCCUCCGUCCCUGCUUGCUCGGCUACUCGGCUGCUCGCUGAAUCGCGGCCUGACUGCGUACGCUGGUUUCCGAUUUGCAGUUGCAGAGCCAGAAACUCCAUACGUGAUUGGUCUGAACAUCAACCGUCGUUGACCCCGCUUUCCGACGAAGCGACCAUGGAAGAUGUCUCGACGUCUACUGGAGACGCCUUCGAUCGCAAUCCCAUGGCGUCAGUUCAACUACCCCCUUCUUCAAUAGACGGCCGUCCUCUAGUUUCCGGGGUAGGUAGUCCAAAAGGAGACAAACUGGUCUUAAGGGGUUUAAAAUUCCAUGGGUUCCAUGGAGUGAAAGCUGAAGAAAGGACUUUGGGCCAGAAGUUUGUAGUGGAUAUGGAUGUCUGGAUGGACCUUAGAGCAGCCGGUAAGUCUGACCAGCUGUUAGAUACGCUGAGUUAUACUGAUGUUUACCGCAUAGUGAAAGAGGUGGUGGAGGGAUCAGCACAUAAUCUGCUUGAAAGUGUGGCGGAACACAUCUCAUCUGCAACACUAAGCAGAUACCCGCAGGUAAAUGCUGUGCGAGUACAGUUAGGGAAGCCACAUGUUGCAGUCCAAGGAUCCGUUGACUACUUGGGAGUUGAGAUCAUGAGAUGCAGAGGAAUUGACACAUAGAUUUCUCAACCCCCUUCCUGGAUCAAUGCUUUGUUACCAUGAUUUUCUUUGUUCCAGUUUCUUAAACCUCAACUGAUUGCUUUGUUGAAAUUCUGUAUGAUUGAAUAUGUUAAAAUGUGUGAAUAUGUUGUCAAGUGAUUGAUAUGUACUAGUAUUUCAUAUUUGCAUAUUUUACAUCUAUUUGAAGUAAUUACAAUUUUGAGUAGAGUAUUUCUACUGUGCUAAUG